GGGGGUCGGGGUCACGUGAGCGCGGUCACGUGAGCGCGGUCACGUGGCAGCCAUGGAGGGGGACGGCGGGUACGAGCCGGGAUUCGUCGGGAUCCGGUUCUGCCAGGAAUGUAACAACAUGUUGUACCCCAAGGAGGACAAGGAGAACCGGAUCCUUCUUUACGCCUGCCGGAACUGCGAUUACCAGCAGGAGGCCGACAACAGCUGCAUCUACGUCAACAAGAUCACGCACGAAGUGGAUGAACUCACCCAGAUCAUCGCUGACGUGUCCCAGGACCCGACGCUGCCCCGCACCGAGGACCACCCCUGUCAGAAGUGUGGGCACAAGGAGGCCGUGUUCUUCCAGUCCCACAGCGCCCGGGCCGAGGACGCCAUGAGACUCUACUACGUGUGCACGGCCCCGCACUGCGGCCACCGCUGGACAGAGUGACCCCCCCUUGGGACCACCUGGACACCCCAAAACCUGCCCUUGGACCCCAAAACCUGCCCUUGGACCCCAAAACCUGCCCUUGGA